AUGGAGUGCACGCUAUCAGCUCCCAACUUCUCGCAGCCUCGGAGACCAACAACGUCAUUGGCUGGCGCAGAUGACCCGCUCAAGUCCAGGGCUAAUCCAGAUCUGCAGAAGAUAUUUCGUGCUGCGCUCUCCAGAGUACACAGAGCAACGAUGAGGUGCAGCAUUCAAGAGGAACAGACGGUACCGGAUAUCGCACCCUCCACAAUAAUUGACCGUGUCAAUUUCAUCCAUCGUCCCAUCCGGAGGGGCGUUCCAAGACAUUCCCGGGACGCCGCCACGCGAGCAGAUUUUCAUCCUGGGCCUUCAGGCGUAUGGAGACCACGGAAACCCGGAGCCGCCGACGACUUGGGCUCGCGUCAUGUGCUCCAUAUUUUUGUUAUCUUUUUGGUCGUUUCCUCCUCGCAGGUCCUCGGAUGCAAGCUCUGCUCCCAUACCUUGUGCUUGUCGCUAAAAAACAUGGCCAACUCCCGAACCUUCCGGCUUCCUUACAGCCUAGAGGUCGAGGUGGCGAUGGGCCAUGGAUUCCGAUUCAAUCUUCCACAUUAUGAUGAUUAA